GGAUUAUCUGCCCACCCAAUAGUGAUUUCUGCAGAUGAAGCCCCUUCGGCGCAGAGGAGCCAGCCAAGCAGGCGGUUUUCUGGCCGAUUGGCGUGUCCAGAGAGCUGGCAUUUGACACCCAACUGAUCCAGAUAUUUUUGGCUGCAAGAGGCAGCAGGGCGGGAGCAUGCUGGACUCGUAGGCUCCCUCCGGCCGCCCCGGAUCCUCUCUGCCCCCCCGGAAAGGAUGGUCCUGACCUCUCCCCUGCCUGCUCUGUUUCUCCUCCUGGCAUCGGCGUCUUCCUUCCCCAAAGACCUGGCUCCCUUCCACGUGGUCAGCGAGGCAGGAACCCACCUGUAUCCCUCCUUCCGCGGCCUCGGGGGAGAGAAUGACUCCCACGCUGCCUUGGGCCUGGACUUCCAGAGCAUGUUGCAGAUUAACCAGACGCUCUUCGUGGCUGCCCGGGACCACGUCUUCGCUUUUGACCUCGGACAGACCGCAAGCAGUUUCUCUCCCAAGAGGCACCUCACCUGGAAGACGCAGGACGUGGAGAACUGUGCCGUCCGCGGGAAGCUUCGGGACGAAUGUUACAACUACAUCAAAGUUUUGGUGCCCAAGAACGACCGGAGCCUCCUGGCCUGCGGCACCAACGCUUUCCACCCAGUGUGCCGGACAUACAAGAUCAGCGACUUUCAACAGGAAGGCGAGGAGUUGAAUGGCCAGGCGCGAUGCCCCUUCGAUACCAAACAGACCAACGUGGCCAUCUUUGCCGACGGGAACCUUUAUUCUGCCACCGUAGCCGACUUCCAAGCCAGCGAUGCGGUGAUCUAUCGGAGCCUGGGGGAGCGCAACCCCGUGCUGCGGACGGUCAAAUACGACUCCAAGUGGUUACGAGAGCCUCAUUUCAUCCACGCUCUGGAAUACCAGCAGUAUGUCUAUUUCUUCUUCCGUGAGAUCUCCGUGGAAUAUACCACGCUGGGACGGGUGAUCUUUUCCCGCGUGGGGAGGGUCUGCAAGAACGACAUGGGGGGCUCCCCUCGGGUGCUGGAGAAGUACUGGACCUCCUUCCUGAAGGCCCGGCUCAACUGCUCGGUCCCCGGAGACGCCUUCUUCUACUUCGACGUCCUCCAGGCCGUCACCGACGUCAUCCUGGUCAACGGCCGCCCGUUCGUCUUCGCCGUCUUCACCACUCAGUCCAACAGCAUCACCGGCUCAGCCGUCUGCACCUUCGACAUGGACGAAGUGGGGAGGGUCUUCGAUGGGCGGUUCAAAGAGCAGAAAAACGCGGAUGCCGGCUGGACCCCCAUCUCCGAGGACAAAGUCCCGACCCCCAG